AUGAGCUCAAGGUCCCGGAGUAGAAAGCGACGCGCAGGUUCUCCUCCAUCAACAAGCGCAGAUACGAAGGGUACCACCAAGUCCACGAGCACCACACCCUAUAAUCGUAACUUCCAACAGAAUCUAAUUGAUCAUGGCGUUUACCCUGACGGAUAUGAAUAUCCCGAUGGUCGAAUACCAGCAAUGCCAAAGAACUGGGAGGAGAUCAAUGAAACAUUAGCUCGACCCCGACCCUCCCUUUCCCCAUCGAAGUUCUCCGAUGAACAUUUCCGAAAAUUCAAACGAGCAGAUACCCACGCAUCUAAAGAACAACCGGUCACAACGUCAGUGAUUCCUAUCAUCGAAGGUGAUGUUGAUGAUCCCAAAUGUGCCGGAGGGGGAUACCCGCUUGGAAAUCUCGCCCCCUUAACUGAUGGCGCACUGGCUCAGGCCAAGCCAGACCACCUCUACGGUGCGCGUCCUGAACAGCUCGAUCGCCAGAUACGCAAUGAACUGAGCGAUUAUAUCAUCCCAUCAACACAGGAUGACCUUCCGAUGGGCUGGUCGAUGACCAGUGACCCGGUAACCUUUCGGCAGGGAGCAUCCGCAUACCGAAAUGCUCGGGACUGGGCAAAGGAAAAGAGGGACGAAUUUAUUAGGGCAGCAAAUGAAACGCACUCAAAGGCUCAAUCUCAGCUUCUUCAUUCAACCUCUCAGUCCCAGACGGCUUCCGAGGCAGCUCUUACCUUAGACGACUCUGAUCUAUCGACAUUGUCUGACCAAACAGAGUAUCAAGACACCCAAUGGAGCUUCGCAAAUACAACCGAAGAAGGGAGAGGAGAGUCUCAGAUUCUUAGUACACACGCCAAGAAGCCGAGAGUUGGCUCCGUUGUUCAAGAUGUCCGAAUUGAUGAUAAACAAGGCUGUCAUGCACAGAGGGAAUCCAUAACCUGCACCAGGGCAGCUUCCCUUUUGGGGUUGGUCAAAGUCACAAGACUAUGCGCGGCAAUUGACGAGUUACCAGAAUUUAAGCCUGAGGAACUACAGCAGUCUGAACAGAGCCUCUCGGAAGCGACUACUGGGCUUUCUCAGGAAAUUGGAGCUGUUGGCCUGGGCUCGAGCUUUACAUCUCAAUUAGAAGAGGAAUCCGUUAAGGAUCCGCGUUGUGAAGUCAAGGCUCAGAACCAGGAGUUCAAGGAAUACAAAUCCCAAGAUAUACAGGGGAAGUGCAGUUAUUUUACGUGGGAUAAAUCCAAAGUAGAUAGGCGGUGGAGAGCAGCGAGAGAAAAAUGGCCUAUAUUCGAUGGCGGCUUAUCGCAGUUUUGCGCACGCUGGUUCCACGAUAUGCAUGGCCACCCGUCAAGUGGCCUGCCCAAAACCAUUUGA